CGUUUACUGGGAGCCACUGCACGAAUGUUGCAAUUUAUUGACAUUCUAAAAUCUAAAACUAAGAUGAACUUACAAACCAAACAUAUACUGGCCGCUGAACGUUUACUAUUGCAGAGAGCGCAGAGCGAGGACUUCGCCGACGAGCUUCGGAGCCUCCGCCGCGGCGAGCCUCUGACCAAAGGCAGCGCGCUCUUCGAGCUGGACCCCGAGCUCGCAGCCGACAACGUGCUCCGCAUGCGGGGGCGCAUCGACGCCGCGCCCGUGCCUAUCAACAAGAGGCCGGCCAUUCUACACGGACGUAACCGUUACCAUCGGGAGGCGACACGAGAAGCGCUGGGUGGCGCUCUACACCUGCCUGACGACCCGGGCGGUGCACCUGGAGCUGGUGCACUCCCUCAGCACUGACUCCGCCAUCAUGUCACUUCGUCGCAUGGCCGCGCGACGAGGCUGGCCCCGCACGAUGUGCAGCGACAACGGAACCAACUUCCGUGGCGCUACGGCGGAG